CACUAGAUGAUGAAGUUAAGGGUGGGAGACUUCGUUUGUUAAUAUGUAGGAUAAACAUGGACAAAGAUUCACGUCUUACACUAUCUUUAUUACAUAACAGCUUACAGCAUACCAAAACAGUGAUCAGCUGCUAUGUGAGAGCGUACACAUACAGCUGUGUGAUAUUACUGUAUUGGAAGGUAAUUACACUUUGACAGCAGAGCAUGAUGACGCGUGUGCUGCUGGUAGGAGGAGGGCUGACCAGUGCAGUGACUGGUGCAAUGCUUCGCAGAGAACUUCCACAUGUUGAACUGGUCUUGUGGGACAAAGCCCGAGGAGCUGGAGGUCGUAUGUCAACAAGUCGCAGCCCACACGACUCUUCCUGUACGGCUGAUCUAGGUGCUCAAUACAUCUCAGCAACUCCAGAAUAUGCUAAACUGCACAACUUGUAUUAUGAAGAACUUAUUAAUGCAGAAGUGUUGACGCCACUCAAUACUAAAGUGGCUGGUAUGAAGAGAAGUGAAGAAGGUACCAAGCACUAUGUAACUCCACGUGGAAUAUCAUCUAUAGUAAAACAUUUUAUGAAAGAAGCAAAUCUCACGGCAAGAUUUGAUCAUCAUGUAAGAAGCAUUUAUAUGGAUAAUGGUAGAUGGAGUGUGAGAACUAGUGAAGGUGAGGCUGACCAUUUUGAUGCUGUGGUUCUGACAAUGCCUGUACCACAGAUACUGGGAUUAACUGGCACUGUUAAGGAUGUAAUAGAGAAGGAUGAAAAACUGCGUUCAAGCUUGCAGUCUGUUGAUUAUAGCUCCCGGUAUGCACUUGGUUUGUUUUACGAGGAAGAUGCAAGUAUCAGCCUUCAAGAUGAAGCAGCAGCACAAUAUAUUACAAAUGAUUCUAUUUUCCGAUUUGUUGCUAUAGACAACAAAAAAAGAGGCCAAGAGAGUAUGGCUUCAUCAGUCGUUCUACACACUUCGGUGCCAUUUGGUAAAGCCCAUGUAGAGGAGACGCCUGAUCAAGUUAAACCAAUACUUCUGAACAAUGUCAAAGAAAUGUUUCCAGAUUGGCCGGAACCAAAAUUUGUCAAAUGCCAGAAGUGGAGAUUUUCUCAGGUAACAUCAGCAUAUCCUGGUCUUCCUGGCUGUAUAAUAUUAGCUGAUGGACUGGUUGCUGGCGGUGAUGGUUUUACACAUUCCAACAUGGAUGGCUGUAUAGAGUCUGCAAAAUCAAUAGUCGCUGCCGUCGUUCAGUACGUCAGUAAAUGAUGUUAGCAUGCUAAUAGUCCAUUGCUUGGGUUAGUACACUUCAGCAAAUUAAGGAUUGAACAGUGAUGAAGAGAAAUAUGAGAAGCAAAAAUUAUAGUACUGUACAGUAUAGCUUAUAAUACAGCAUAAUGUUACAGUACAGUACCUGUACUUCAUUUCUUUGGUAAGUUAAUCGAAGUAGAUCCUACCCUAAACAUUUAAGUUGUGACACCCCUUUAUGCAAUCACUUAAAAUUGUAAUAUUGAAUAUACUGUAUAAUUUAUUUAAUAUACAAUACUGUACCUGCCAUUUUUAUAAUACUAUAGUAAUCUAAACCAAUCCUGUUGUCAUUGAACUUUUGUAAGAAAUGAAUUGCAUGUAUUUGUAAAUGAUAAAAUGUUUUUCCUUUUAUAGCCUCGUACAAGUCAAUCAAAUAAUUUCUGAGUUUCCUCCCAAAGUGGCUAGUGAAGGUUGACCUUCACUUAUGACUUGUCUAUACUUUGAAAAACGCUUAAGUUGAUCGGUUAAUCCACGCUGUAUCUUGAGACUUAAUCCACCAACUUGAGUAGAGGAAUUUCAACCUUACACUUACUUUUACCAGCCUUUGAGACGGUGACGUGUUGCCUCACUCUCUUAAUUUUUGCAUGCUAAUUUUGUACUGUGCUGUAUGUAUAUUUAAAGACAAUUUUAGGCAGUUUGCAGAGAUUAAAUAACCAUUACUUUAUGUACAUAAUCUACACCUCACAGCCUAUUGAUCACCCACCACCACCACCUUGCAUCAGCUAGCUAGCACACCCGUCUACAGUACCUACACCUUUUUUUUUUUUUUUUACAGUAACCAUGUAAUAAUUUUAACAAUGCAUAAAAGAAAUAUACAAGACUUGAUAAUGGAUGAUUUAUUGAGAAGUGUGUCUAUUGUGUUUUCUUCACAGCUGGUCGUCAACUGGGGUGGCUUAUAAUCAUGAAAAUACUGUACCAUUUAUAUUUUUUACUUCCCUGUUCAUACAAGACAUGAAAUGAGAGGUAAUGAACACACACAGGAUAUACAGUAGUUAAGGAUAGAGCACUCAAGGACGUGUGUUAUAUGCUGUUAAGGAAUCUCUGCACAACUAGAGAUGUAAUGAUGUACAGAAUAGAGGAGUUUGUGCAUUGUUUAUUGUGUUGUACAGCUGGAAUUACUAAUGACUAUAGGUGGAAAUAUAAAGAAAAUACUUACUUUGUUUCUUUUUUUUCUUUUUUCAGAUAAUGUCAAAUAGAAGAGAUAAAAACAAAAUGUAGCUGUUUCCUCUUACUGUAAUAAAGCACAAGAGAUUGAA